AUGGACAGCAGCCACUUUGACGUAGGAUUCCACAACUUGGGAAUCGACGAGGACGAACUGCAUGAUGUGGAACCUACCCUGAUCUCCGAGGUUUUAAACGGAGUGGAAGAUGAAACUCGGUCCUCACCUGAGCCCGGAGAAGCAGCUGCAGCCGCAGCCGCAAACUACUUUGGCAAGGCCGGCUCCAACCUCCUGGACGACGAAAACCGCGAGAGCGACGAAAACCGUGACGACGACGAAAACCGUGAGGGCGGUGAAAACCGUGAGGGCGGUGAAAACCGUGAGGGCGACGGCGGCGAUAUUGAGCUCCCGCCGCAGCAGGAGGAGCCGGACCCCCUAGCCAUCCAGGGCCCCCAGAUUGCGGCGAGAAAGCCGCGCCGCUGCCGCACUGUUUUCACCCAGUUGCAGCUGCUGGAGCUGGAGCGAGUUUUCCACCACAUUCAAUACCCCGACGUGUUUGCACGAGAGGAGAUUGCAAGACGUCUGAAUUUGGCUGAAAGAAGAGUGCAG